AUGAGCUCUCAGAAAACCUCCUCUGCCAGCAAGCUUAAUGCUCAUUCAGCUUCAUUUGUUCCUUCUGUCUCUUCAGCGCCUCUGAAUACUGCAUCAUCGCGUGCACAAACCCCGAACAAAACCGGCACACUCGCGAAUGCACCUUCGAAUCAGCCGAAACGUGGUCGUGGCCGAUCGGCAAAGGGCAAGGCGGCCGCUCCCCGAAAGAAUCAAGGUCUUGCUGGCAGCAACCAGUCUCAAAGGAACCGACGCCGAGCCAACAAACGAAUUGAAUCUGUCGCAGACUCAGUUGCCAUGACUUUGGACGAGGGAGUGGGUGACGAAUACGAUGACCUUAUAGACAUGCUAGUUGCUAAAGGCGGCGGUCGUGUCAAUAAACGUGGACAGAUGAAUCUGAACCACUUGUUGAAUUUUAAGUUGCCUCCUCGGACAACAUCAUCAACUGCAGCUGCUCCACGUCGACCCAAGGGAUAUGCAUCCUAUGGCUAUGGUUCUGGUCAUCAUCCAAUGGACAAGGCAAGAUUUGUAAAUGCCAAUUAUCGAUUUGUUGUAUCGCCUUUGGGCGAUUACACGAUGCAGGUAAAUAAUCCUGAAAUGCCAGUGCCUUGGGAGGAUGUUUGGCAAGUGCUCUCGUCCGCUGACAGCCAAACGGCUUCAUGUCCUUUCUGUUUGGAAGAGGCUAAAGAAGCAACAAAUAGUAAAAUACGUCCUAAAUGUGGCGCCCGUACGUGUCCUAUUUGCUGGGAUGUGCUUCGUAUGCGUGAUAUGAAGCCGGUUCGUUGGGUCCACACUUCCAACUAUCAACGACUCGAGGAGAAACAGAAGCUUCAACUCGUACUCUACAUUCGCGUUCCCGGAUCCGUGUUAGCGCUUCCUCGUACACUUGGUUUACAUCAGGACAUGCAAGACCCAACAAUUCGCGAUAACCUUCCUCGUGUAACAUCCGAGAAAGCAAAGUUUGCUCGUAUUCUGUUGGGCUCGCAUGAGUAUCUGGUCGAGCAAUUCCUUGAGGAGAUUCAAGAACUCACCAGGGUGCAGGACGAAGAUCGCCAGUUGUACGGUGAGUCGGACGUUUCCUACGAAAAAGCCAUCAACACGAUUUCUGAGAACAUUUCGCUUUACUCACAAGAAGCGUCGGACUCUAUUGAACAGCUUGAAGUAUCUUUGAAACGCUUAAAUGUUUCCCAAUUCGCCAAUAACACGAAGUUGGAUGCCUUGCCGCAGUCCUCCUCUAAACGGGACGGAGGAGCUUCGUCCUCUUCUAUGGCUGUCGCUUCCGGGAAUGUCUCUAAUGACCCCUUUUUGUUCUAUCAACCUUUUCCGCACUCUCACAUAUACCUUGCCCCGCUUGAUGUACGCAUAUUGCGUUCUGUUUUUGGUAGCUACCAGGCGUUCCCCGAUGAGAUUCAGCCACUGGUGGAACAUGUGUCUUCUGGUCAUUCAGUCGAUCGUGAACUGAAGCAGCGAUGUAAGUAUCUGAGCCAUUUGCCUGAUGGCUGUGAAGUUUCAUUCAUUGAGUGUGACUGGUCACAGGUUGUUCCUGCUGAUGCGUUAGCUCCGUUCAAGGAUGCCAUUCACCGCCGUCGUCGUGCACACAAAGAGCAGGAUAAGUGGGAGGAACGCCAGCGGAAACGUGCUAUGGAGGCUACGGAAAACCAAAUUUACUCUGAACUGAACCUGCAACGACCAUUGAAUGAACCUAGACCUCCUCGUGAUGAACUGUUUGGUGUUGACGCUUUUCCCACUUUAGGUAGUGAGAAGUCGCAAGCUUCUACACCCAAAAAUGAAAGCGCCAGUGCUUCUACCGCUUCGCUCCCCGUAAAAACUACGGUUUGGGGAACUCGUGUGGUUGAUACAUCAACCGGCAAUUCUGACUCUGAUGAGCCAGAUGGUUGGGGUGUUGAUUGGAAGCAACUCAAUGCGUCUCUUCAGAAAGACUCUUCAACUGUUGACAAUGGCAACAAGAAGAAGAAAAAGAAAAAGAAAAAAUUGGUUCUUUUAAGUAGCGGUGGCCCUCACCGUUAA